GAGUAUUAAUUCUAUGCAGUAAAAGAGAAUGAUAAUUAUAUUCGUAAUGAAUAUGUAUUACAAAAUAUGUUUUGUCAAAUUGUGCAGAGAGGAAUAACAUCUAAGAUAACAUUCAUAUUUUCCUUCUGAUAACACAUCAUGACAAAUAAUUUAAUGUAGUAGUGAAUUUAACGGUAAGAUAUGCAGAAGUCCAGAAGAGCGGUUUUUAUUUUAAAUCAAAUCUUUGCCAAUAAUUAUACCAAUUUUAAUAAUAAUGCUAACUUGUUUCGUUUGGAACGUAAUGGAAUAUUUUUUAAAAGGAACUUCUUUUUGGCAAGAACAGUAAAUGCUUUAGUUCAAUUUAAUUUAACAGAUAUAGGGGAGGGUAUCACUGAAGUUGUCGUAAAGGAGUGGUUUGUUAAGGAGGGUGAACAAGUAUCUCAAUUUGAUAAUAUUUGUGAAGUUCAAAGUGAUAAAGCUUCUGUUACUAUUACAAGUCGAUAUGAUGGAAUUAUUAAAAAAUUACAUUAUCAAGUAGAUGACACUGCUUAUGUGGGAAAACCAUUAAUUGAUAUAGAGACAAAAGAGGAAAUAAAUAAUGAAGAGAGAACAAAAAAAGUGAAUCCUCUGGAAGUAAAACAAAAUGUUAACACGAAUUUAAUUUCAGAAUCAACUGUUCAAACCGAACAAUUACAGAAUAGCACAGUGCUGUCUUUGCCUUCUGUGAGGAGAUUAGCCAAAGAAAAAAAUGUUGAUUUGUUAAAAGUGAUCCCAACCGGCAAGGGAGGUAGAAUAUUAAAAGAAGAUGUUUUAAAAUAUAUUGGAGUUCAAACUGUGUCCAAAAAUGAAAAAGAAAAAAUUAUUCCACUAACAGGUUUUCAACCAGCUAUGUUUAAAGCGAUGACUGCUGCUCUGAAAAUUCCGCACUUGGUGUAUUGCGAAGAAAUUACCGCUACAAAGUUAUUAGAAGUUUUAAAACUAACUAAAAGGGAAUAUGAAGAAUCGAAAAUAAAAGUAACAUUAACGGCGUUUUUAAUUAAAGCUGUUUCAAAUGCUUUACAAAAAUAUCCGAUUUUAAACGCCUCCAUAAACGAAGACUUCAAAUCCCUUACUAUUAAACAUUACCAUAAUAUAGGAGUAGCUAUGGACACAGCCCAAGGUUUGGGCGUUCCAGUAAUAAAAGAAGUUGAAAAUAAAGAUAUAAAAACGAUAGCUCUAGAAUUGGAAAAACUGUCUAAGUCUGGCAAAAAAGGGAGUUUUAGUAAAGAAGACCUAAGUGACGGAACAUUCUCUCUAUCAAAUAUAGGAUCGAUUGGUGGAACUUAUGCAAGUCCAGUAAUUUUACCUCCACAAUUAGGAAUUGUUGCAUUCGGCACAGUAAAGGUGCUACCAAGAUUUAAUGACAAAAUGGAGGUAGUAAAAGAGUCAGUUUUGUGGAUUAGCGCUUCCGCUGAUCAUAGGGUAAUUGAUGGAGCAACGAUAGCUCGUUUUGUAGAGACUAUAAAAAGGGAAAUUGAAAGCCCACAAGGUUUAAUUGCAGUUUGAAAUGUUAUCUUUAAGAAAAUCAGAUCUUUGAAAUUAAUUAAAUGAACAUUGCAAUUUAUGAUUGUUUAUGUAUCAAAGGAUGAUUGAAAUCAAGUUUUCUUAAGUUAUUUAUAGAGGGAAUUAAAAAUGAUGCAAUAGAUGAAUUUAAAAAGU